UGAUGGAGCUUUCCUUCAGCCUCUUCCAUUCAUCUCCACCCUGGCUAGCUGGCAUCACUUUGCAUGUUGCGCACUGGCAGCUCACCAUGACAGACAUCUCCCCGGUGGGAAUCUUGCAUGAUUCUCUCAAGACCACUUUGCAGUCAAACACGGCAAAAUCAGUCGCAGUUGUAUUAUUAUUACUCUUUGCAUGGCGAUUCUGGAAGUUUACCUUGCAACCGCUUCUACACCCAGAAUAUCCAAAAGAAUAUCCUUAUUGGAUCCCAUCGUUCUUCAAGGACUCCAACCUCCUCAUUGCUCAAGCACGACAGUACUUUGCGCAUGAAGGAAACGAACCUUUCGCUUUAACGGUCCUCGGGAUAACUUUCUACGUCGCAACACAAGCAAAACACUCUGCAGAGGUCUACAAGAACACCGAGACUCUAUCCUUCGAAUCGUUUGUCCAAGCCCUUAUGCGGAAUAAUGGCAACUGCCCUCGCGUUAUCAAACUGAUGUAUUCUGCGUUGCCCGUCGACAAGCGCGGUUUUCCCAACCCACACGGAGAGUCUCUAGGAGUUAUGGCGCAGAGGAUGCACAUAAUCCAGCUACACCCGAACGAAAAGCUAGUCGGACUUCAACAUCAAACCAUGAACUGGAUCGAUACACACUUAACCAUGGAUAUGUUGAAAGCGGAGGGUUCGGAUAAUCUUCCUCCAGACGCGCCUGUGGAGUUCUCACUGUAUCAAUGGUGUUCGAAUACUUUCACCCGCUUGGGCCAACACAUUUACUUUGGAGAAACACUACACAAUAUCGAUCCUGGCGUUCCAGAUGCUUUUUUGGUAUUCGAUGAACUCAUCUGGAAAAUGCUUUAUCAAUAUCCCGAUUUUCUAUCUCGGGACAUGUCUGCACCUCGGGCUCGAGUGAUAAAGGCCCUCCAGCAAUAUUUCGAAAUCCCGAGAGAGAAGAGAGCCGGAAAAGCUGCUUGGUUGAUAGACACCUUCGAAGACGAGGUAAGAGCGCUGGGCAUCGACAAUGAGAACUUGGCAACAAUGAUGUUCCAUCUCUAUCUCGCCAUCAAUACCAAUGCCAGGAAGACGGUCUUUUGGGUAAUUUCAUACCUUCUCCAUAAUCCUAACCUUCUGGAGGCUUAUCGCCGUGACACGGAAGUCGCGUUCAGCGGAGAUCGUCUCGUCGAUCCAUUCGUGUUGCAGAACCCCGAGAAAUGCCCCCAAGUGGAUGCGAUCUGGAAUGAAACCCUCCGGAUUACUGGUUGGUCUGCCUCUGUCAGAUCCAUCAUAGAGGACACUGUCAUUGGUGGGAAGUUGAUGCGCAAAGGCAAUCGGGUUCUCGUACCGCACAGGCUCCUACACUUUGACGAGAACAUCUUCGGCAGUAACCCCCAGGAAUUCCGUCCAGAGCGUUGGGAGAAUGGGCUGAAACAGAAUGCAUCCUGGAAGCCAUUUGGGGGCGGUAAGACGACCUGCAGCGGCCGCUUUCUAGCCAGGUUUUCGGCCACCACAUAUGUAGCCACCCUGCUACGCCGUUUCGAUAUCAAAAUGGUUGGUAAUCCCCCAUUUCCCCAGGCGGAUGCAGGAAGGCCCGUGUUGGGAACAAUGUCUAUCAAAGAUGGCAGCGAUUUCAAGGUGCAGCUCAGCCCUAGGGCCAAUCUUUAAGGCAACUGAGGAAUGUAUUAACUGCGCAUUUACUGUAGUAACGUAUGUAAUGCUCUAAUAACUACUAGUAUAGACAUGCUUACAACAUGCAUCUUUAAAGUAAUCAACACGAUAUUCAGCAAUUACUCGGUAAAUAUCAAACCUUUGCUUAUAAGAUGCAAAUUGCACUAUUUCAAAUCCUCAUGUUGGCGAAGGGUUGUACUGGGAAUUUAAUAACACUAACUACGUUCUCAUCGUCCCUAAAAAUACAGCUGCCUAAAAACAUUAACAGUCGCAUGUUAAUGCGUUCUAGUACAUAAGUUGCAGAAAGAGCUAUUUUUGUCUGCAUAGUGGUAUUCCUAACGACGUGUGGUCUAUAAUUUGAGGCCGUGUUGUUGGUGAAGCACUGCUGUAGCAAAUUCUAAAUAUUCUCAAUCUGUUCCUGUGCUUGCUUUGUUACGCCCUUGGAUCGCGCAUUGCCAUGCAUGCAAGUUUCAUUCCAGAUCAUGCCCGUUCCUGAUCGGCUUACAGGCGGUGUUCGAAGGCAUGGGACAAUCAC